UUAUCCUACUCUUGGUUGGUCAAUUCAAAUCUUACAACUUCAUAGUUUUGAGAAUCAGAAAUCAAAGCAACACUCAGAAUCAGCAUGCAUCUUUUAAUCCUUGGGGGCACAUCCUUUGUCGGGCGAGCCCUUGCUCUUGAGGCUGUUGCACGCAACCACCGUGUGACGCUGCUUAACCGUGGCACCAGCACACAACCACCUGCAGGCGUCACUAAUUUGCUCGGUGAUCGGCUACAGAGCAAUGGCCUGGAUGCUCUUGAUGGCCUGACCUUCGAUGCGGUUGUAGAUACCUGGUCCUCAGAACCCGCUCCAGCUGUGCAAGCAAUGCAGAGGCUCAAGGGUCGGAUGGGUCAUUACACAUAUAUUUCAACCCUCAGUGUUUACGACGAGUCUUCUCUCCCAGGCCAUGACAUUUUAGCGGAUGAGUCUGCGGAUACGUUUGAUAUCACCGCCCCUGAUGCAAACAAGAAGGUAUACCAGUUCAACAAGCGGAGCGUCGAAGUCGCAGCGGAGCAGCUAUUGCCGGAUAUCCCAUGCCUCAUGGCACGCGCCGGUGUGAUUCUUGGUCCUCAUGAGCAUAAAUACAUAGAAAGAGGCCGGCUUCCUUGGUGGUUACAACGCCUGCACGAAGGAGGCCCAACUCUAGCGCCCGGUCCGCGCGAUUUGAAGCUUCAGCUUGUGGACGCUCGCGAUCUUGCCAAUUUUGUUCUUGACAAUGCAGAAAAGGGAACAGAUGGUGCAUUCAACAUCAUAAGCGACCAUGGAUCUUUGACGAUGGGGGAUUUAUUGGAAGCGGCCCGCGAAGCGACCGGUAAUCGAGCACAGCUCCAAUGGCAUGAGCCACAGCGCAUUCUUGACGCUGGUAUUUCUCCAUUUAUGGAGCUUCCUCUCUGGUUAGAUCCUUCAUCUACCCUAUAUGAUGUCAUAUACGGUUGGGAUACGACAAAGGUAAAAGGGGCCGGACUUGUGUGUCGACCAAUUGAAGAGACAAUUCGCGAUACCUGGGCGUGGAUGCAGGGAGAUGCGAAGCCUGUGCCGGCCCCAGAGGGGAUGCCUGUUGGUGGUCUGAGCAAAGAAAAGGAAUCGAUUGUGCUUGCACAGCAAUAAUACUCCAGGUAAUAGCAGCUGAUUGAGCUUGGCCACCGCUCAAAUUUACCAAUAUAUAAUGAAAUACUAAGAACAAUAAUAACAAAGCUCUUUGUAACUCCAAGUAAUUCAACAGACUAGCUAAUAAAAACUCCAUAAUGUCAAGAGA